AUGGCGCCCGCCCGCUCGUCUCGGCCCGUUCGUCACAAUCGAACUCAGGUUUCGUCAUAUCAUGAGGAGACCACUUCGGACGAGUGGGACCAGGAAGGGAAUGCCCCUCGACGUGAUCCACUUUCCUUGCGCCCGCGAAGCACCCCUAAAACACGCCGAUCAUAUCGAGAGAAGUCCACCGAUGAAAGUCUGGAGGCGUUAUCGGAUGAUGACGUGUUGAACGACACAGCAACUGUCACUGGGCUUCCAGCUGCGGAACAAUUUGCUGGCAUUUCCCCAAUUAUUUCACAUACUUCAAAGCCAACUCGACGUGCAGGAUCCUCCCGGUCCACUGCAAAUAAACGACCACGAUCAAGGUUGAAGGCAUCAGGGCAGCCACUGAAAAAGCGAACCAAAGCCCAACCAGAAGAAUCGUUCUUCUUUGGCUCUGGCGUUAUACCCCCCUGGCAAACGCUGCCAUAUCACAUCCUGAUUGAAAUAUUCCUCCUAGCUUUCUACCCCCUCGACGACCCCAAAAACCAGGCGGCAAAAAAAACGCCUGGCAAAACGCCGGAGACGAAGUCUGCCAACAAUCUGCUAGGUAUCGCUGCUCUGUGUCGUGGAUUCUCGGAAGCAGCUCUUGCAGCUCUUUAUUAUCGGCCUCCGGUGUUUUCCGCAUAUGAUGGGCAUGGUCUCCUGAACCUCCUUUCGAUGCCACCGGACUCCCAAUACAUAAACUACGCCGGGAAGAUCAGAGAGCUUUACAUCGAUGCUGAGACAGUUCUUACUCUGAAAAGUGGCCCGACGCUCGGCUACUUCGAUUUAUUCCAAUUGUUACGGAAAACCCCCCGACUUCACACCUUACGCAUAUACCAUCCCGAUGAUGUUGUGUUGGGGCUACCGCGAGUGGCUCUUACCCAGGCAAAAUGGAGCUACUCACAAUCUCUUUUUUCGACACUUGAACAAAGUGGAGUCAAACUUCGCAGUUGGGAGUGGAACGGUCGCUUUCUUGACACGGCAUCGUUACUUCCUCUCAUGCUGGAAAAACAUACAGGUGCUUCAUUCCAAGGAGUCAAAGACAUUCGGCUUGUUCAUCUCCUUGAUUAUGAUAGAGAGGACACUACUGGCAAGGAAAUCGCUGUUGCCACCACUCUCAAGGCGUUACCAGACAUAGAGCGUCUUGAGUUCCACGAGUGCAGCAUUUUGACAGGUAGCAUUUUAGAACAAAUGCCACCCACGCUCCGCUCAUUGACAAUUUCCAACUGCGAUCGACUGUUGGCCAGUAACGUCACCGAACUCCUCAAAGUUCACGGAGGACAGCUUCUUGAUCUGACCCUUAUGCACAAUCGCCACAUGAAUCUGGAGUUUAUGCCCCAUCUUGGUAUUUGCUGUUCACGACUGGAAAGAUUCAAGGUAGAUAUUUCGAUGUAUGACGCUUCAAGCUACCAUGACCUCGACCCCCAUUUUAAACAGCUGAUCUUUCGCAAUCAACAUCCAACCUGGCCUGAGACUAUACAAGAGAUUGAGCUGUAUCAGCUUCGACACUGGAAGUUAGAUGUGGCGGAAAUGUUCUUCAUGUCUCUUGUGGAGACUGCGCCCAAAUUGAAAGAUCUGCGGCGGGUAGACAUCAGUGCCAUUCUCGCCAUUGAAUGGCGGGAUCGUGCUCAAUUCCGAAAGAAAUGGGAAGACCGUUUCAAGAAAGUAUUCUUGCGGCGUAGCCCUCCGCCCGAUCCAAGCUUUCGUUCUCUGCGAAAACGCCCAUUGGCGCCUGUUCAAUGUGCUCCGACUUCAGAAGCCUUAGCCCGUCCGAGCACUGUGGACAGUGAAUCACGCACCCCCAAGCGGCACAGCAGCCGCAUAGCACAUCAAAAAGUUCCUGAAGAUACCGACUUAGACGAGCUCACCUCAUCUAACUCUCAUACUGACAACCAACUUGUUGAUCGGGAUAAUAUCCAGGGAAUGUGCGAUCAUUUCACGAUCCGCAUUGACAAUCAACGACCUAACGAAAACCAAUUCAACGAGAAAGAUUUUCUCGAUCCCGAAAUUAGUGGCGAUGAGGACUGGGACUCCGGCGCUGAUUUUGAGUCCGAAGAUGGCCAUGCGUGGUAA